CCAAAUUUCCAGUAUCUAAAAUGCUAGAAUUGAUUAUUGAUUCAAUCGAAUCUUAUUUUUGCUUUAGUCUUGUUUGUUCCGAACCUUCGGAUGUACCAAGACAAGCAAUUGUCUCAUUCGAGAAUGUACAAGCUACAGAGGAAACUAGACCAACUCCGACAUUAAACCCAUACGCUGAUGUGCCAAUAAUCGGACGGUUGAAUAUUGACCUUGAUAAAACUUACUCGCGAUCUACUUGUUUGAUGAAACCUCAAAGAAUUGGUUAUUUUUCUCUGAGAAUCGAUAGAAAAUUGAACAAGGAGAUUUACCUACCUGAUAAAUCACAAUUACGAUACUUGAGCCUUUUAACAAGAGGCCCAAAUGAGUUGAACCUGUUGCAAAAUUUCGACCCUAAAACUGUUUGGUCUCGAUGUCCAAGCGAUCUUCAUAUUCUUCGUUGGUAUAUGGACAACAGAAUCGAUUUUAUUUUGGACGAGACUCUUUCUAAUUUGGAGCCAGAUUUUAUCACCGAUAUUCGUUCUUUAACCACAAUUAUGAGUUCACCUUAUGAUAAGUGGAACGAUUGGGACAUUAUUGGUGUCAAGAUUGGUGACAAAAUUGUUCUUCAUGAAGUGGACACGACGAUGAGAAAAAAUUCAAUUGCUCGUCAAACGGACACUCAAAAUGCUUCGUCCUAUCGACGUUUCAAUGGUAAGAUAUUUUCAACCUACUAUGGUGGACUUCGUGAUUCUUUUCAUGUCAUUUGGCUUUUUCGGCAUUUAUUUCAUAAAUUAUACAACUCUCGCUAUUGUUUCACUAAAAACAAAAGUCAAGUUGACGUCGGCACUGCCACGCCUGGAACUCAAGACUUGUUGGGCUUUGGGCUUUAUCCAUACUCUCUUAUACUAACUUCAUUGUUGUAG